UUCAGCUGAUUGUCAAAUCCAAAUAAACAAAAGCGCUGUGAGGUUAGAAUUUAAUAAGUUAUUUUAUUCAAUUUCACCAUGAACAAUCGCAAUAUACUACGCCUUUGUAACCGAUUAAUUCUACCAAAUAUUACUCCAGCACGUUAUAAAGGCUACAAAGUAAUUGAACGUCCAGAUCCCAAGAAAUUUAAGAUGCCUUCGGCUGCCGAUGCGCCCAGUGUUUUGGAGAUUUUAAAGGAGAAAAUACGUUUAAAUGGUCCUCUGACUGUCGCUGAAUACAUGCACAUAGUGGCAACGAACCCUACAGAAGGAUACUACAUGAAGAAAGAAGUCAUAGGAGAAGCUGGCGACUUCAUAACAUCUCCAGAAAUUACACAGUUAUUUGGAGAGAUGAUGGCUGUGUGGUUCUUCUCUGAGACUCGGAAGAUGGGUCCGGGGAAGCCGCUGCAGAUUGUUGAACUUGGUCCAGGGAAAGGAACUUUGAUGGUGGACUUUCUGAGGGUUCUCCAUCGCUUGGGCUAUGAGUCUCAAGAUUUAAGCAUCCAUUUAGUAGAGAUAUCUUCUACAAUGCAGAAUGUGCAGGCGAGCAGGCUGUGUGCUACCUACAAAGCCUGUGAUAUUGACUCACCACAUAAUUGUGAGGGGGAAACAGUGAGUGGCAUAAAAGUGUACUGGUACAAUGAUUUAAAGAAGGUACCUCAAGCAUUCUCCUGGUAUAUCGCCCAUGAAUUCUUUGACGUCCUGCCCGUUCACAAAUUUCAGAAAACUGAUGAUGGCUGGAAGGAGAUCCUAAUAGAGAUUGAUGAAGCCAACAAACUACAUUACCGCAUAUCAGCAAAAGAGACGGCAUCAGUGCAGAUGCUGAUCCGGCCUCCUUUAGACACUGGAGACAGGACGGAGCUGGAGAUCAGUGCAAGGGGGCUGGGGGUGGCCCGGCAACUCGCCACCAGGGUGGACCAGGACGGUGGCAUAGCAUUAAUAGCUGAUUACGGACAUGAGGGAGAGAAAGGUGAUACAUUCAGGGCCUUCCACAAGCACCAAGUGGUGGACCCCCUAGAGAACCCCGGCACAUGUGAUUUAACGGCAGACGUGGAUUUCUCUCAGUUGCGAAUGGCGGCAUCGAAGACGCCUAGCGACGAGAACUAUGCUGUAGUGCUUGGGCCGGUCACACAGAAAGACUUCUUGGAGCGCUCACAGGCACCUGUCAGGCUUCAGGUCUUGCUUGAUAGUGCUAAAACUGAAGAGGAAAUAGAGAAAAUCAAGAGCGCUUACGCAAUGCUGGUAGACCCACAAAAGAUGGGUGAAAGGUUUAAAUUCAUGGCGUAUUACCCCUCCACAAUGGCAGAAAUACUAGAAAAGUACCCGCCAUUAGGAUUUUCAAGCCAAAAAUCUAAUGAAUAACUACAGAAAACUUUAUUUAUUUAAUUAACUAGGCACCUAUUAAAUGUUUACAAUAAACAUAGUAGUCGUAUGUAACAGUAACUUCUGUUAAAAUAAAUUAGUACCUAUAUCUUU